AUGGAGAAGAUCAUCGAGGGACAUGCCUUAGUUGCGAGAGCUGUUGUUGUAGGCAAUGGCAAAUUUCAACCAGCCCUACUUGUUGAACCCAAUUGGAAUCAAUGGAGUGAGGAUGAUCCACCUAGGGACUUGAUCGCCCAAAUUUGGCCUACAGUUCAAGAUGCGAACCGUAUCAACCCAGCCCAUGGACGGAUUAUGAAAAACAAAAUCGGGGUAGCAUUGAAGAACAAACCGUUCCAGACUACACCCAAAGGGAGUACGCAGCGACGGCUUGUCACUCGAGACUAUGAGAAGGAGAUCGAGGAUAUUUAUACAAAACAGGACGAUGGAUUUACGGAAUAUCAAAUACCAGAUACGGCUGAUUUGUCUGGCAUUCAGGAAUUUGUCCGAAAUGUGGUUUCAGACGCUCUCGGGUUCUCCUCUUUCUCAGACCAGACAGACUUUUAUAGUUUGGGGUUCGAUUCUUUGCAGACAAUGCAGCUUAGCCGGACUUUUCAGGGCUCAAUAUGUUCGUGCCGGCCAUCGACCAAAUCUAGGGCUAUCACAGCUCAGAAUAUCUACGGCAACCCCAAUGUCGAAAAAUUGGCCAAGUUUUUAUACGGCAUCACUAGCAAUGUGGAGCAGAGUACGGUAGCGCGAUCUGAGAAGAUUGAUGCUUUGGUGCAAAAAUACACGAUUGACCUGCCUGAGCGCGAAGCUGGUACACGCAAGGCGACGGAUCAACACACUGUGAUUCUUACUGGGUCUACCGGCUCACUCGGGAAUUAUCUGCUCCAUGCCUUAUUGAGAAAUCCUUCUGUCGUGAAAGUUUAUUGCUUGAAUCGCUCAGAAGCAAAAAAUAGACAAGUAAAGAGUUUCCAAGAAAAGGGAUUAGAGUACGAUUUCAGUCAAGGACGAGUUGAAUUCCUGGUGGCAUCUUUUGGCGAGGAGAAGUUCGGCCUCAGCGGACCGAAGUACGAAGAGAUGCUUCGCACAGUAACUACAGUCGUCCACAAUGCCUGGAGAAUGGAUUUCAACAUCUCAGUUGAUUCAUUCGAAGAUGUCCACAUUCGCGGUGUCCGUCAUUUCAUCGACUUCAGUUUACAGAGCAUACACAAUGCCCACAUCUUUUUCAUGUCUUCUAUAGGAACCAUCGGCGGAUGGACCCUCACCCAUGGCCCAUCUGUUCCUGAAACACCCUUGGAGGACUGUGACGUGACUUUGCGUCAGGGAUAUGCCGAAGCAAAACAUAUUUGCGAGCGUAUCUGCCUAGCAGCAUCUCAGAAAGCGGGUGUACCCACAACACUUCUACGUCUGGGGCAGAUUGCCGGUCCAACAACAGAAAACGGCAUGUGGAAUAGGCAGGAAUGGCUCCCGCUUAUUGUUGCCACAUCGAAGGCUAUGGGCAAGAUUCCUCGUACCUUGGGAUCAAUGCCAGUAGAGUGGACUCCCGUGGUAAGUUUCGACACAAUCUCUCUAGCUUAA